UGUACCUGAAUGAUGUUGAUGGGGAUCCUCUGGACUCUAGGAAACCAUGUGAGGGAUGUGUUUCAGCCAAGAACUAUCUCCCCUGAGAUGAGCACUUGAAGGGCUGAUGCUUUUCCAACUAUUGUUGACCAAAGAGUCUAUGUCUUGACUUGGACAUAGAGAUGGAAUCCACUCAGGGCCAACCAGGGAGAGGAGACCUUGCUCAUGGCUGGAGUGGGCCUCUUUGGGCUGGGGAAAGGUUGGGAUUGCACAUAAGUUCUGUGCUGUAUGUUGAUGCCUACUUCCUGUGAAUACCUGUGCUUUCCACUUAGACCAAAAAGAUUUCACUCUGUCUUCCCCAGCUGGAGCAGAUCUGCUUUAUAAUAUGGAGUCAUGUUUGUUUCUUCUGGGGGAGUGAUACUGCUAACUAUAUCGUAAAAAUUCCUUAGGAGACUUGCUUCAACUCAGAUGGGAUUUGGUGAACUCACCUGGGUUGCUUUCUCAGGGAGGACCUUAAAUUAUCUGAUGUGGGAAUAAUAAAGAGGGUUUGUUAUUUCCUGGUCUUUGAAGCAUCUGUGCCUCCAAAGUCAUUAUCCUACAUUCCCAGGCAUGAGGAACCUGGGAGGUAAGAGCUAAAUUACUGGCCCUAGUAGCUACUUAAUUUCGAGGAUUAUUAGGUCAUAUUUGAAUAAAGCCAAGGCUAGUGUAGUGUUUUGAUGGGUUGGGACUUAAUGUGUUCAUCUUUCCAAGACCAUUCAUAAUAGAAGGCUGAGACUGUGGGGGCCUUCUUUUGGUCUGGGAACUGUGGGCUGCCAGAGCAUGGUCUAUCACUUUCCAUAGCCAUGGGACCAUCAUCUCUUUUCCUUGGGGUGUCAGUCUAUUUGAUUGUCCCGAAGUGCAGCGAGAAGAGGUCUGGUUUGCUUCGCGCCAGCUCUAGUUUGACACAAUACUAAGUUUAGCAGGGAUAGGGAUCAGCCUGCAGCGUCACUGUUUUCCGCCCCAGUCCAUUGCAGGACACUCCUAGGUAGACAUGGGAGUCCACUCCUAGGCGAUCCCCAAGAGGUACCGUGUUAAGUCCCAGGAUUCCGCACCACUAGCGGGCCGCUUAUCCCAGCCGAUCCAGCGCUCCGCCCCGCCCCGCCCCGCCCCGAGGUGUGUCCAAUCAGAGCGAAGUGCUCAGCCCUGGGUUUGUUGUCAUAACUUCCGGUUCAGUACCGGAAGUCGUGCGGUGGAGCGAAAUUUGAAGGAAGUGGAGCCGCGGCGGUUCGGCCACCAAGCUGGAUCUAUUGCAGUUUCCCGGGCUAGUCUGGCCACUUGAGUCGAGCCGUCAUGCCUAUCCGCGCCCUGUGCACUAUCUGCUCCGACUUCUUCGAUCACUCACGCGACGUGGCUGCCAUCCACUGUGGCCACACUUUUCACCUGCAAUGCCUGAUCCAGUGGUUUGAGACAGCACCAAGUCGGACCUGCCCACAGUGUAGAAUCCAGGUUGGCAAAAAGAGUAUUAUCAAUAAGCUUUUCUUUGACCUUGCCCAGGAAGAGGAGACUGUCUUGGAUGCAGAAUUCUUAAAGAAUGAGCUGGACAGUAUCAGAGCCCAGCUUUCCCAGAAAGAGAGGGAGAAACGGGACAGCCAGUCCAUUAUCGACACUCUACGGGACACACUGGAAGAACGCAAUGCCACUGUGGAGUCCCUGCAGAACGCCCUAGACAAGACACAGAUGCUGUGUUCCACUCUGAAAAAGCAGAUGAAAUUCCUGGAACAGCAGCAGGAUGAGGCCAAGCAGGCUCGGGAGGAGGCCCGCCGACUCAAGAGCAAGAUGAAAACCAUGGAGCAAAUUGAGCUCCUGCUCCAGAGCCAGCGGCCUGAGGUGGAGGAGAUGAUCCGCGACAUGGGUGUGGGACAGUCAGCGGUGGAGCAGCUGGCGGUGUACUGCGUGUCCCUCAAGAAAGAGUAUGAGAAUCUGAAAGAAGCGCGGAAGGCCUCGGGGGAGCUGGCUGACAGGUUGAGGAAGGACUUGGCCUCCUCGAGGAGCAAGUUGAAGACUGUCUACACUGAGCUGGAUCAGACCAAGUUAGAACUGAGGUCAGCCCAGAAGGACUUAGAGAGCGCUGAUAAGGAAAUCACGAGCCUAAGAAAGAAGCUAACGAUGCUGCAGGGGACCUUGAAUCUGCCUCCAGUGGCCAGUGAGACUGUCAGCCGCCUGGUUUUUGAGAGCCCAGCCCCUGUGGAGAUGUUGAACCCGAGACUCCACCGGCCAUCCUUCAGUGAUGAGAUUGACCUCAAUGCUACCUUUGAUGUAGAUACCCCUCCAGCCCAGACCUCCAGCUCCCAGCAUGGCCACCCCAAGAAGCUCUGCCUGGAGAGGGCACGGUGAGUGUUGGUCCCUGGCAGUGCCCAGAACCUGGUGGGGAGUAGCUAAGCCAUCUGUAGGUCCUGCCCUGAGUGGGAUGAGGCUGCUCAGUGGGAUGCAGCUUUGGGUCACGCUACCUCUUCCUCUUCUCCUUGGCCUGAGUGUGCACUGUGUACAGUCCUGCUUGUUCCUUUCAUCCUUGAGAUGAUGUUAGAGAGAAUUCUCUGGUCCCAGUAGGGCCAGUCUGGACUGGUGGGGAGGCAGGUAUCCCAAUACUUUGAAUGCCUACCCACCGGAGUCCUGAGUGUGGGACUCUGAAUUGUUCCCAGUGUGUGCCUCUGAGGUUCAUGCUUAAUGCAGGACCAUCUCACACCACAGAUCCCAUGACCCUGCCACCCGCGGAAAGAACCCAUGUUGGCAGACAUGAGGGGCUGUGUGGAGCUGGAGGACAGGUGGGACUUGCUCUAGAUAUGCAGUGGGACUGGGGGGGGCCACCAUCCCCUUGGCCA